AAGUCCGAAACUUAGUGAUGAAGACUUGUGAAUGUAUUGUGAAGACUUCUUUUUUUUUGGUUCUUACCUUAUCAACUUACGUUCUUAUCUUUUCAAGAAUCUUCCAUACCAUUGUGCGCUAAAAUAGCUUCCCAUAAAUUACAAAAGAACAUGUAUUUAUUUAUUUUAUUUUUUUUUUCAAUUUUUUUUUUUUUUGUGUGUGGGUCAUUCCUAUCUAAUUUCAGCUCAAAAGUAAUUGAGAAAAGGAAGAAAGUCACGAAAAUAAAACCGCGCCCAAAGUGAUUGACAGCGACGCUUCCUCGCCAUUUCAUGAAUUCACAUUGGAUUCAAAGCAAAGAUAAAGCUUUUAACAUUUUGCUCACUCACACCCAAACUCUUCAAGUAAGACUCAUCUUUUUUCUGAAGAGAGAAGCAAACACUGAAACAAUUAUGUUGGCUUCCAUGGCCAACCAACGAGCCUCUUCGUCCUCGGCUUCCUUCACCAAUUCAUGGAAAAACCAGGUCUUUUUGAGCUUCAGAGGCGUAGACACGCGCCACAACUUCACAGACCAUUUGUAUAGCGCUUUAUGUCAACGAGGCAUUAACACCUUCAGGGAUGAUGAUGAGCUCAGAAGGGGAGAAGAAAUAUCAACAUCGCUUCUCACAGCAAUUGAAGAAUCAAAGAUUUCUGUCGUUGUGUUCUCUAAAAACUAUGCCUCUUCAAAGUGGUGUUUGGAUGAACUUGUUAAGAUUCUUGACUGCAAAGAAUCAAAUCAACAACAGGUCAUCCCAGUUUUUUACAAGGUGAAUCCAUCAGAUGUACGGAAUCAAGGAGGUAGCUUUGGGGAUGCAUUGGCUAACAUGGAGUGCAAAUACAAAGAAAAUAUGAAGAAGGUCAAGAAAUGGAGGGCAGCUCUUGCACAACUAGCAGUUUUGUCAGGGCUCACUUUGGACGAGCAUCAAUCUGAAUCUAAGUUUAUCCAAAACAUCAUUGAAGAGAUUUCAAAACACGUAUUAAACACCGUGUAUUUGGAAGUGGCAGAGCAUCCAGUUGGAAUGCAAGCUCAAGUACAAGUUAUGAAUAAGCUUUUAGAUUUGGAGGAAAACGAUGUUCGUAUGGUAGGGGUAUGGGGAACUGGUGGAAUAGGUAAGACCACAAUUGCUAAAGCUGUUUAUAAUUCAAUUGCCCACAAAUUUGAAGGUUGUUCCUUUUUGGCAAACGUUAGAGAAAGGUCAACGUCGCAUGAAGGUUCAGUCGGAUUACAAGAGAAUCUUCUUUCUGACAUUCUAAGGGUAAAAUAUUUGAAGGUGACCAAUGUUGAUAAGGGAGUCACUAUGAUAAAGGAAUGGUUGAGGCGUAGAAAGGUUCUCUUGGUUCUUGAUGACGUGGAUGCCAUGGAACAGUUACACAAGUUAGUUGGGGCAUGUGAUUGGUUUGGUGCAGGCAGUAGAAUUAUCAUAACAACAAGAGAUAAGCAACUGUUAACUGCUCAUGAGGUUAAUUUGAUACAUGAGGUCAAGAUUUUAGAUGAUGAUAAAGCUCUUGAGCUCUUCUGUUGGCAUGCCUUCAAAACAAGUGGGCCUCCUUUGGGUGAUUAUGUGAAACUUGCAGAACGUGCAAUACGCUAUGCUCAAGGCCUUCCUUUGGCUUUGAAAGUUCUCGGUUGUUGUCUAUGUGGUGGAAGUAUAGAUAAAUGGGAAGCUGCAUUGGAUGGUUUCAAAAGCCCAAAAAUUCAAGAUGUUCUCAAAAUAAGUUACAAUGCAUUGGAUCAUAGUGUACAGGAGGUUUUCCUGGACAUUGCAUGUUUCUUUAAGGGUCAAAAUAGAAAGGAUGUGACAGAAAUACUUGUAGCUUGUGGCCUCAACGCUAGAUAUGGCAUUGAAGUGCUCAUAGAAAAGGCACUCAUAAGUGUUAAAUUUGAUUAUAUUCAGAUGCAUCACUUACUAGAAGAGAUGGGUAAGGACAUAGUUCAACAAGAGUCGCCCGAUGAACUUGGAGGUCAUAGCAGAUUGUGGUCUCAUGAAGAUAUCGAGCAUGUUUUGACUAAUGAUACUGGAACAAAAAAAAUCACAGGCAUCAUGUUAAAUUCCCCCAAAAAGGAUUAUGAGAUAUUCUUGGAUGUUGACUGCUUCUCGAAGAUGAAAAAUCUUAAAAUUUUCAUGAACUAUAACGUAUUUCUUUAUGGAGACAUUGGUUGUCUUCCAAACAUGUUGAGAGUGCUUGAUUGGUAUAGAUGUCCGCUCCAAUCUUUUCCACCCAAUUUUCGUCCAAAGGGACUAGGGUUGCUCAAUCUGCCUUACAGCCGCAUCAAACAACUAGGGGAGGGAUUGAAGCAUUUGACAAAGUUGACAUCUUUGAAUUUAAUGGGCUCUGAAUUCCUGACUGAAAUCCCCGACCUAUCCGGCAGCCCAAACUUAAGGCAUCAAUCUGAAUCUAAGUUUAUCCAAAACAUCAUUGAAGAGAUUUCAAAACACGUAUUAAACCGUGUGUGUUUGGAAGUGGCAGAGCAUCCAAUUGGAAUGCAAGCUCAAGUACAAGUUAUGAAUAAGCUUUUAGAUUUGGGGGAAAACGAUGUUCGUAUGGUAGGGGUAUGGGGAACUGGUGAAAUUGGUAAGACCACAAUUGCUAAAGCUGUUUAUAAUUCAAUUGCCCACAAAUUUGAAGGUUGUUCCUUUUUGGCAAACGUUAGAGAAAGGUCAACGUCGCAUGAAGGUUUAGUCGGAUUACAAGAGAAUCUUCUUUCUGACAUUUUAAGGGUAAAAAAUUUGAAGGUGAAUGUUGAUAAAGGAGUUACUAUGAUAAAGGAAUGGUUGAGGCGUAGAAAGGUUCUCUUGGUUCUUGAUGACGUGGAUGACAUGGAACAGUUACACAGUUUAGUUGGGGCAUGUGAUUGGUUUGGUGUAGGCAGUAGAAUUAUCAUAACAACAAGGGAUAAGCAACUAUUAACUGCUCAUGGUGUUAAUGUAAUACAUGAGGUCAAGAUUUUAGAUAACCAUGAAGCUCUUGAGCUCUUCUGUUGGCAUGCCUUCAAAACAAGUGAGCCUCCUUUGGGUGAUUAUGUGAAACUUGCAGAAAGUGCAAUACGCUAUGCUCAAGGCCUUCCUUUGGUUUUGAAAGUUCUGGGUUCAUGUCUCUGUGGUGGAGAUAUAGAUAAAUGGAAAGCUGCAUUGGAGGGUUUCAAAAGCCCAAAAAUUCAAGAUGUUCUCAAAAUAAGUUACAAUGCCUUGGAUGAUAUUGUCAAGGAGGUUUUCCUUGACAUCGCAUGUUUCUUUAAGGGUAAAAGUAGAAACUAUGUGAUAGACGCUUGUGAGCUAAACACUAGAUAUGGCAUUGAUGUACUCAUAGAAAAGGCCCUCAUAAGUGUUGAAGGAAGUUACAUUCAGAUGCAUGACUUACUAGAAAAGAUGGGUAAGGACAUAAUUGAGCAGGAGUCGCCCACUGAACCAGGAGGACGUAGCAGAUUGUGGUUUCAUAGUGAUGUCAAGCAUGUUCUGACUAAUAAUACAGGAACAAAUAAAAUCACAGGCAUCAUGUUAAAUUUCCCCAGAAAAAAUUAUGAGAUAUUCUUGAAUGUUGACAAAAGCUUCUCGAAGAUGAAAAAUCUUAAAAUUCUCAUGAACUACAACGUAUGCCUUUACGGAGAAGUUAGUUUGGCAGACGCUUUUCCAAACAACUUGAGAGUGCUUGAUUGGAAAAGAGGUCAAUACCGAUCUUGGCCAGCCAACUUUAGUCCAAAGGCACUAGUUGUGCUCCAUCAGCCUUACAGCUGCAUCAAACAAAUAGGGCAGAGAUUUCAGCAUUUCACAAAGUUGACAUCUUUGAAUUUAGAGCACUCUGAAUUCCUAACUGAAAUCCCCGACUUAUCCAACAGCCCAGCAUUAAGGUACUUGAAUGCGAAUGGUUGUAGAAGUUUAGUCGAGGUUCAUCCAUCUGUUGGAUAUCUUGAUAAACUUCAAUAUUUGGCCUUUGCUGGCUGCCGUGAACUCACCAAGUUUCCAAAUAAAGUUAGGUUGAAAUCUCUGAAAUUUUUUCUUCUUUACGGUUGCAUAAAGUUGGAGAGUUUCCCAGAAAUUGUGGACAAAAUGGAAUCCUUAACUGAAUUGGACCUUGGGAGAACUGCUAUAAAAGAGUUGCCUGCAUCAAUUGGACAUCUCAUUGGGCUGGAAAUAUUGCGCUUAUCUGAAAGUGCUAUAAAAGAGUUGCCUGCAUCAAUUGGAAAUCUCAUUGGGCUGAAAGAAUUGAGCUUAUCUGAAAGUGCUAUAAAAGAGUUGCCUGCAUCAAUUGAACAUCUAACUGCGCUUGAAAAGUUAAAUUUUACAAGAACUGCAAUACAAAAACUACCUUCAUCCUUUGGAAAUUUCAAUGCCCUAAAAGAGUUAUGGUUAGGUGGAACUGCUAUAGAAGAGUUGCCUUCAUCAAUUGGAGAUCUCACUGCGCUUAAAGGAUUAGAUUUACAAGGAUGUGAAAACCUUGCAAAUUUGCCACAAAGUAUUUAUGGGUUGCAAAAUCUGGAGUAUUUUAAUCUCAGUCGAUGCCCAAAACUUGUCACACUUCCAAAUAACUUGAUCUCUGAAGUUUUAUCGAGUGCAGAAUCACUUCCUUUGGAGGUUCGAACCAACGCAAACAGUCCACACGAUGGUGACUUCGUGAGGCCGAGGGUGAUGUAUUUUGAAGAGUGCAAUGCAUCGAACAUUGAUUGCUUGGAGAAUUUUUGUUGCUGGUCCAACUUAACAAUAAUUAAUCUAUCCAAAAGCGAUUUUGUCAGUCUUCUUGUGUGCAUUAGCAAAUGUGUCAACUUGUGGGAGCUUGAUUUGAGGGGUUGCAAGAGGCUUGAAGAAAUUAUAGGACAACUUCCGGCGUCUAUAGCAAGGAUCGAUAUGGCUGAUUGCGUAUCACUGGAAAGAUUUUCAACAUUGUCAAAGAUAUUGGAAGACGAAGACAUGCAAGGCAUUAGUGACAUGGACUUGUCUAAUUGCCAUAGGCUAUGCGAUAAUCUAAGGUUGGACGUUUCAAAGAUGGCAAAAAUUUUACUGAAUCAGAUGAACAGGAAUGAGAAGAUUAUUGUUAAACUACCUGGCAGUGACAGUGAAGUUCCAGAGUGGUUCACUUUUCGUAAUUACUUUGAUGACUAUGAUGAGAGUAAAUUUGAUUACUUUGAUAUUGAUGGCAGGAGUGCUCAUUAUUACGAACUUCCUAUUGAAAUUCCUUGGACUUCCAUAUUGGAGAACACAAAAUUGGUUUUGUGUGCUGUUUGGGAAAUUACGGAAUCAUUUGUUAGCCCUUGUUCUCUUCUAUUUGAGUUGUAUUAUUAUCGUCUAGAUAGGUUGGAGGUGUCUGGAGGAGAGACAGGGGCAGGUAAUGUGUGGCUAGAAUGUAUUCCAUUGUCAUUUGCUCACAGGCAGUUGUCUCAUGGUUUUGGAGUUACUGUUGUCGGCAAAGGGUUGCGCAUCAAAAGCAUUGGGGCCCACAUGGCUCCUAUCAGUAUGUCAAGGGAUGGUGAUGAUGAUGGCAAACAUAUUGAUGAAAAUGAAUUAGAUGAUGAUGGUGAUGUAGGUGAUGAAGUUCGACCCAAAAAGAGAACAAAGAUAUGACCUCUGCAUUUCAUUGUGUUGAUGUUGAAAACUUACUUCGAGUCUGGACCAAAAGGUGAGUGGCUUUAGUACGAUGUUGAAAACUUACUUUGAAUCUAAUAGAUUUCAUGAAUUACAAGUUCAUUCCCUUGUUGAAGGAAAGUACCCUUUUUAAAUCUCUAUUUGAAUUACAACUUUCCAAUCUCUAGUUGUACAGGUCAAUCUAAAAUUGCAGCUAAUGAGAGAAGAACUAGAAUAUUGUUAAUCUUUGCAACCAAACAAAUAUAAUGUUUCUUGAUAACCAACUCCACAAGUCUAACUGUAUUCUUUGGCUACCAACGUUGCUUUAUAACUCUCAAUUGCCCGUCAACUUUGUGCUUUAUAUAUGGUGAUGAUCCACCUA